AUCACUGGAGAAACAUGGGGGAAGAAGAGACGGUGCCAUCGGAACAGAAACAAGCAGAAACCGGCAUCUGUACACCCGAUGAAUCAGUAGUAUGGAGUCAAGAAGUAGAAGUGUGUCUUUUCCACGCCAUGCUGGGUCACAAACCUGUAGGAGUGAAUCGUCAUUUCCACAUGAUCUGUAUUCGUGAUAAGUUCAGUCAGAACAUCGGUAGACAGGUGCCAUCUAAAGUCAUCUGGGAUCAUCUCAGCACCAUGUAUGACAUGCAAGCGCUGCACGAAUCAGAAAUACUCCCCUUUCCAAACUCAGAAAAGAACUUUGCGCUGCUUGAAGAGAUCAUACAAGACGUCAAAGAAGGUAAAGUGGAAUCUGAGGAUGACAUGAAAGAGGAAUUCAAAUUAGAGAGUGACCCUCCUGCUACCCAUGAAGAAGGUCUGGGUCCCAGUACAGCUGGCCAGGAUUUUGCAAGAGCAUGUGGGGGGUAUCUGAAGCAUGGCAUGUGUAGGAUUUGUUUCAACAGGUUUGUUCAACAACAUCAACUAAUGAGAUCCAUUACAGACAAGUACACCAAUUUUUCAAAAUGUACCAUGAGCAAGGUUGAAGACAGACAACACAUGGUUUGACCUUCAAUUUGAAAAUUGUUAGCUAUUGAAAUAGACAAUCAAAGGCCAAACAGUUGGGCCUUGCAUUUUUUAUAAAACACGAUUCCAGACUGUAAAAACACCUAGGAAUGCAGUCUAGUAGUACCUAGCUAGUAACUGCUCUGACAUAACAGCAUGGUUAGAUUUUGUGAACUUAUUAUGUGCAAAGACUUAAACGUUUACAUAUCAAGUACCGAUUGUGUCUGAGACUUUGUUCUUUGUGCUGACACCAGGGACUAAAAACCGUUCAAGGAACGAAAACCGAAAAAUAUAUAUAUAUAUUUUUUUUUUUGCAAGACGUAAAUGAAAAUGGGAACAAAGUGUACCUUUCAGUUGUUGUGGAGUGAAAACAGUGUUUAAAUGCUGGUAAUGGGUUAAAAUGUUUAUUAUUUGGUUUUUUCAUGAAACUAAAAAUCAAAAAGUUAACAGUACAUUUUCAGAAUUACAACUGUUUCCUGCAAGGAAAAUGGGCUUCUCUCUUUUUAGUAAAUCAUAAGCAUGUGUUUUGAUCCUGAAUGAAACCUCUGCAGCACAUUUCUUUGGUUAAUUUUACUUUGUGUGCGUAGCCUUCUGUAGCAUGCUAAACACCUUUUUUUCUUUUUAGGCCUUACUUUGUGAUAAUGUUCAGUUUAAUAUGGCUUAUUACAGCUUAAGAGCCAAGAGUAAUGCAUGUGUUCCCUUCUGUUUACCCCGAUGUUGGUAUAAAGCUGAUUGAGGAUUUUAUUAGCUUCAGGAAAAACAUGAUCUGUGCAUGUGUUGUCUUUGGGUACACACAAAAAAAUACAAAUAAUUCAGCCACAUUAGGUGACAUUUAAUCCAACAUGCCCAUCUAGUGUGUGCAUGCAGGAGAGAGAGUAAGAGAGAGAUAUUUAGGCUAUAUUAAUUGAUGGAUGUAUAUUUGAAAUACAUUUUUAGAAUACACUUAUUGAAAAGAUGUUACUUUAUGUAGGCUUCUGUGUAGUAUGCUUGUUAUGAUUUCUAUGCUGAUAAUUCCAAACACAUUAAAAAAAAAAAAAAAAAAAAAAACAUUUUUGGGGUGAGGGAAGUCCUUUAUUUUGAGCUUGUUUGUCUGCAAACUGCUCUGAAUGAACCAAAAUCAAAAACAUUUUGUUUUAGUCGCUUUUUGAUACUUUUCAAUUGGGAUGCUUACUCUAGAAGAAACGGUAUAGCUUUUUUAUGCAAUAUUAUGAGGACAUUUUACGUUAUUACGUUGAAAAUUAUUAAUUAUUAUUAUUAUUAUUAUUACAUUUUUGUCAGUAUUGGUGAGUAUUACUUGAUAUUGACCUCAAGGAUAAUAUAAAGUGCUUAUAAGCAGCAAAUCUACAGGUAUUUG